UGCAUGGGGGGCAAUGGGCGGUGGGGCUGGUGAGGAGGGGCUCCGCAGACGGAUGCCGCUGAGACGGGCCGGAGGAGGCGGCGCGGUGACGUCGAACGCCACCAGCCUGGGGGGCCGCGCAAUGCGCUACUACCGCCUUUGGAUCUACACGUGCAAUACGGCGCUGCUGGCGGGUGCGUUGGCGUUCGUCGGCGCUGCCGCGCGCACCCUUGUCUUUGAUUAUCGGCGUGCGCUUAUCCCCACACUCACGCUCUACCAACCGAGCUUCCUCUACGCCUAUCUAGCGCUGCUCACACAAGGCGGAGCUUUACAACUAUUGGGCUGUGUGGCGGCAAUCCGCCUAUCGGAACGCCUCCUCAACGCCUACUGGAUGCUCCUAUUGGUGCUCCUCUUCGGGGACGUUGUUAUCGGCGCCUUCUGGGCGUUUCGUUUCGAGCGUGUGUGUCAAGAGCUCCGCCCAGCGUUGCGAAUGAAAUGGAAUCAAGACUAUAAUGUCAACGCUGAUUUUACAUCGUUAUGGACCCGGUUAGAAGUAGAAACAGCGUGUUGUGGACCGACUGAUUCUAGCGAUUACAACCAAAGCAAAGGGUUGAUCAUCCCGCCGAGCUGUUGUAGAGCAAUUGCGAACGACACGUGUCAAGUGCACUCGACGCCAUGUGAGGCCAGUCUACAAAGCUAUCUGCGAAGCACCGCCUCCCUACUCGCCAUCCUGGGUUAUUGUGUGCUGGCAUUUCUUAAAUUCGUGUUCCUGGGCAUUUUGCGAUACGAGAUACGAGAGAUGAUCCAGAAAAUACGGAUAUUAAGGGCGGAGCUUGAGUUGCCCGGGGUGAAUGGGGCGGUGCCAGGUGGGAUUGGACGCAGUGGGCUGGACCUGCUGGGCGGGGAUGGCAGUGAACGGGAAAGCCUCCUUGUACGACCUGAUAGCGGAGGUUUGCUGCUCAGUUCACCGCCAGUGGCAACGAAAAACCCCGCGGCACCGCCCAACCCAAAUGGUAACAAUAAUUACGAGUUGAGGGAGUACAACAAUAGAGGUAGUGAAGGUGGAGGUGGAGGCGGUGGAGUAGCAGGCGGAGGUGGAGGUGGUGGAGGUGAAGAAAGAAGAAGAGGAGGCGGUAAUCUUCUGGGCGUGGUCUCAUCAGGGCGUGACAACAUCUGACUAAAGUAUAAGCUAGAGGGCAUCUUCUCGCGCGGCCGCUGGGGCCGAGUGAAGAAGGGCCCCCUGGCGACCCCGCUCGACGAGAUCUUCAAGCGCAGCCGCCCCGCCCGAUCACGCCCCAGCCGCGACGAGCAGCCAUGCUGAGACUGCGCGUACGUCUAGUUCUACAAUACGCUAGCCGAUAGCAUUUUGCUGAGAGAAAAAUAUGAAAAAAAACCAAAAACAAAAACAUCAAAAAUACAUUACUAGAUUUAAAUGUACUUCCUUUAAUUACAACAACAAAAUAAAACCAACAAAAAAAAUUAAGUGCGCGAAACUUAACCAGAAUGAACUUGUUUGCGCUCGUGAACAAAAUGGACGCUAGAUAAACGCCUACUACUACGUUUGCCCCGCCUACUACGAUUACGUCAUUCUUGUUUUCUUAUUAGGCAUGAAAAGAAAACACAAAACACAAAAAAAAUCGGCGAGCUACGGAAAUGAAUAGAAUAAUCCCAGUGCCGCAUCAGAGUGAAUAAUUUAAAACAAAUAUAUUACCACUAAUAAAACUAUAAAUAUAUACAUUAAGAUAUUUAAAAUAGAAGAGAAAAAUAUAUAUAUUAUUGCGAUAUGAUGAAUGGAGACGUGAAACAAAGAAAUCUAUAAAUAAAUUAUAUAUACAGUGUGUUUAUAUGAGCUUAUUAUAUAAAUGAGAAAAAAUGAUAGUGCCUCGCCAGUUGAAGAUUUAUUCAUUAACUCAAUCUAAAAUACUGUUAUUUAAUUUACCUAUGUUUAGGUUAAGUUGUAAAAUUAUGUAAGCAUUUUUAAAUUCCUAAACGUUUCCUUUCUAAAAUUAAAAUUUCAUUUUUCUGCAAAACGUAGAGAUGUAAGAACGAAAAGACUAUAUUCGUUUAUAAGUAGCGAUCGAAAUAUUUAGACAAAAAACAAAACAUUCAUCCUCCAAUUACUAUUAAACAUUAAUAAAUGAACGCAUGAGGUAAUAAACUUAAAGAAAAACUCUAAAAACUACGAAUGAAAGUAAAUAAUUCGCAAAAAUUCGCAUGCAAAAUUUGUAUUUGUUAUAUUUUGCGUUCAGAUGGCGCCACCGUCGUAAACAAUGGCGCCUCACGUGUCACCAGCAUUUCUAUGUGACGAUGGCACUAAUCUCUAAAAUAAUACCAAAUGUGAACAAUACCAGCCAAAUGAAAUGCGAGAGUUAAAUCCCAAGAUGACAGCAAAUCGCUUUAUGUCUCUGUUAGUUGCGGCCCGAUUUACUAUAACCCGGAAAGUUUAAAACGCGAACGCGUCACACACAUGAACUAAAACUUUGAGCUUUUGUCCGAUUCGACUGCGUGCAACGUGAAAGUUUUAGUUUACAAUCCUCGAAAUCGAUGCGCGUGAAACGGCACAACGGGAAACGCGGUCGGUCGGAACGAUUUAGAGUUCAUUUUAUGCCUUAAACAAGUUUCAAACUAAAAAUAUUGAGGUUAUAAACACGUGCCGUAGGCAAAACUAAAAUGUAGAGAUUUGAAGGGUAUGAGCCACUUUCAAAGUUGAUUUAUUGUUUAACAAGGCUCAAAAAAUUAAUAUUUUGUGUACUAUUAAUGCAUUAAAGAUUUCAUUCUCAUUUUGAGUUUAUAAUCUCAAAAAAUUAAAAAAUAAAAGUGUGCCAUCGGCGUAUAACGAAAUUAUUCUGUAUCACUGACGGUGAACAUACCGUGGCGUCACGCAUUGUCGCCCGCGUUUUCAUCAUCAAUUAAUUAUCAAUCGAUUCGCUAAUUAAUCAAUUCGAUUCCGCGACAUUCAAUUAAUUGCUUCACAUAUUACAUAAAUACAUAUUAAACAUAUUAGUACCUAUCGAGGAGCACAAUUGCGAAGAGACGACAGCACAGAUAACAGAUCGAUCGCCUGCGAUAAAUGUGACCAAUAUAUUUAACUAUUAAUUAAUAAACAAUACAACAAAGUAUUCGUAGACGACAACACAAAUGAGACAUUGUGACGCAGCGGUUAAUAAAUCAAAUGUUUAAAAUGUUAUUACAAAAAAAUGCUAAAAAAGAAAUGUUUAACUAUGGAUAUAAGGAUAUGCGUUGAGGAAGAACUAAAAAUUAACUACUAAAACCAUAAAUAAAUGUAACAUUUACUACGCUUCCCGACGAUUAUAUUAUAUACUUAAGAUCGAGGAUACAAAUUGAAGUUAUUUGAUUAUUUCAUUAGGUAAAAUUUAAUUCUGAAAUAAUAAAACAUGUAGAUAUACUAUUCGAGGUUUAUAAUUAUUAUUAUACUUAUAAAUAAAUAAUAAAAAUCCAAAAAUAAGGGUACUCAAACGAUGUGAAUCGUCAUCUAUUUAUAGCCGAGCGAUGUGAAGCAAAUUGCAUGGAAUAUUUAAUAAAAUCAAUAAUUUAAUAAAUAACUAAGCAAGAAAAAAAAUAUGAAACCAUAAACGAAUCAAAGAAAUGCAAAUCUACGUAUUAUUUCGAGAUUAGAAUGUUGUAUUUUCUCGCAGAUAAUAACAGAUCAGCACAACCACCACCUUUUUUUCACUCACACACACUCACAAAUUACAAGGCGCAAAGUGAAAUACAUGUACAAUACAAAGCAGAAUCUAUAAAGUCUAUAAAUAACACACAACUUAUUGAAAUAUUGAAACGAUAGGGGUUGAUUACAUUCGAAUUGAUGGCGCGCUACCCUCGAGUGCAUAACAAUAAUAAUCUAAUGCGAUAUAUGUAUAAAUAUAUCUACAAAAUGUUAACUUAAACCCAAAUGAAAAAGAAUGCGAGAGUGCAAGAAUACAAGCUAUUAUCCAAAUGUUAUAAAUAAAUAAAGAAUAAAUAAACAAAAAGAAAAUUAUAUGAAUAAAAUGCUGUAUAUAUUAUAUUAAUAUUUAAUAAAAGUGUAUUGUUAGAAAAAAUGAGACUAAAUGAAGAUA